AGGUUUUUUAAAUCCGCAUUUCAAGUUCAGUUUCUAACCCCAAAAAAAAAACAAACAUUCCUACGUUCUCUUCUUCUCCCUUUCCCUUUCGUUCAAUUUUUUCAGAACCAAAACAACGAUGAAGUUCUGGAAGAUUCUGAGCAACCAGAUCGAGCAAACGCUACCUGAUUGGCGUGACAAGUUUCUCUCCUACAAGGAUCUCAAGAAACAGCUCAAGCUCAUAGCCCCCAAAGAACCCUCCUCCUCCUCCUCCUCCCUCAAACGACGCCGUUCCGACAACGACGACGGCGCCGGCGAGGUCUCCAAAGAGGUCAACGAUUUCCUCCGUCUUUUGGAGGUCGAGAUUGAAAAGUUCAACGCCUUUUUCGUCGAGAUGGAAGAGGAAUAUGUAAUCAAAUGGAAGGAGUUGCAAAACAAAGUUGCUUGGGCCAAGAAUUCAGAUGUAGAUUUGAUGCCAGUAGGGAGGGAAAUAGUGGAUUUGCAUGGAGAGAUGGUUUUGUUGGAGAACUACAGUGCACUUAACUACACAGGUCUAGUGAAGAUAAUAAAGAAAUAUGAUAAGCGAACUGGUGCGCUACUUCGAUUACCUUUUAUCCAAGAUGUAUUGAACCAGCCCUUCUUCAAAAUUGAUGUUCUUAACAAGCUUGUAAAGGAGUGUGAGGUGAUGCUAAGUAUUCUUUUCCCCAAAAGUGGGUCUCUAGGUCCAUCCUUCUCAACUAGUGAUCUUGAGGAAGAAGCGUGCAGUUCCAUGACUGCAAAUGAAAAUAGAGAGACACUGAAGCAGGUGCCAAAAGAACUUGCCGAAAUCCAAAAUAUGGAGAACAUGUUCAUCAAACUAACUACAUCAGCAUUGGAUACCUUGAAAGAGAUUAGGGGUGGAAGCUCGACCGUAAGCAUAUACUCAUUGCCUCCGCAUAAGGAGGCUAUGGUAGAGCAAGCAGCCAAAUAGAUGUUUGGAGUAACACAGGAUAUGUGCUGACUUUGUAUCAUAUCACUCUUUUUUCUCUGCUUUAGAUCAAACAGCCAAAUAUAGAUGAUGGCAAUAACUUGUGAUAGCUGCUGAACAUUGUCCUUUUCUAUGUUGAGAAGAGAACCCCAUUCAAAAUGAGGCUGGAGGGGAAUCUGUCCUCCUUUUUGGAACAGUGUCCGAUGGUAGAUGGAUGCGGCUAGAUUGAUUUUCUCCUUUUUUUUUUUCUUUUUUAUGCACAAAAUUCUCUUCAGGGUUAUAGGGGCAUGGAAUCUGGAAAAACAGCAUGUGCAGCUUCAGCUUGUAUCACCUUAUUAACUAUGGUCAUUAUUUUUGUCACCACCCCUAUAGAUAUUCAUAUCAUACUCUUC